AUGGUGUGUGAUCCUGCUUCCCUGCCUCCGACAGUGGUUACACAUUAUACAGAAUACCGCAACAAGACCUUAACCAGCCUAGUUGGGCCCCGUGUAGGCUGUGGACUUCUGGGUGUCUCGAUAUUUCUGGCCGGUUUGUACCGGGAUGUAUUGUAUGAUCCUUCAGGCUUCCAGGGUGGCCUUUCUCUGCUCACCCGUAAACGGAACAGAUACAAGAUCGCUCUUCAUGACCAACCACGAUACCCUCUACCCUACGAAAUACAAACCAUAAUCGCGUGGAUUAUCUUCGGGACAGGUAACUUCCUCGUCUUCACCUCUUUUAUUGCUCUCGGAUUCUAUGGAACGUACCUCGGCGACUACUUCGGGAUUCUUCUCAAGAAACGUGUGACUCAGUUCCCGUUCAACGUCUUGAAUGACCCGAUGUACGUGGGCAGUACGAUGUGCUUCAUUGGAGCGUCAUUAUGGUACGAGCGUCCGGUGGGGCUCCUGAUAUCCGUAUAUGUGACCUUGACCUACUACAUCGCACUACGCUACGAAGGACCUUUCACUGACAUGAUUUAUGUGAAGAAUGACACAUCGGCGGCGAAAUCCAAUAGCACAUGA